ACAUGGCAAGAUCCGAACGGACAGUCGCGCCCGUGGGAGGUCGUGGAGCGCACCACUCGAACAGGCGAGAUUGAUGCUGUCUGCAUUGUGCCCAUCAUCAAGCAGCGGGGGCGCGGCGACCACGUCGUUCUCAUUUCACAGUUUCGCCCGGCCACGGAGAGCUACUGUAUGGAAUUUCCUGCGGGACUCGUCGAUGCCAACGAGACAACCGAGCAGGCUGCGCUACGCGAGCUGCAUGAGGAAUGUGGCUAUGUAGGCGUGGUCACCCACGUCAGCCCUAUUGUACACGUCGACCCGGGCAUGUGCUCUGCCUGCAUGCGCUAUGUGACCGUCGAAGUGGAUCUGGAUCAUCCCGACAACCAAAACCCCAUGCCCAACCUGGAGGACUCUGAGUUUAUCGAGGUGGAGACAGUGCCCGUGCGCCGCCUCCGAGCCACGCUCGAAGAGAAGAUGCGCCAAAACUGGUCAAUCGAUGCCCGCCUUUACGGGUGA